AUGAGGGCCAGCGCAGCAAUCGCACUCGCACUCGCAGCGUGCGCGUCGGCGGUGAAGCUGGCGACCCGCUCCGUCGCGGCGCCGACGCGGCGCACCGCGCUCCUGAGCACCGCGGCGCUGGCGCUCGCGCGCGCGCCCGCGGCGUCGGCCCAGGCCCUGGCGCGCAGCGUCGAGCAGAAGAUCGCCGUGGUCAACGUCGACGGCACGACGUCGACGACGACGGCGACGCGGCUCACGGGCGAGCUCACGGGCCUCGACCUCAGCAACCGCCGGGACAUCACGGAGCGCGUCUUCGGCGACGCGAUCCGCGCCGACUGGCCCGCGGCGGCGCCCGAUGCGCCGCCGUGGAAGCCCCGCGACUUCCGCCGCCUCGACGAGAGCGACGACGCCGCGUUCUACGCCGCGAGCGAGCCGCGCUUCGUGUACCACAUCGACGAGGGCGCCGUGGCGGCGCUCACGAACUACUACAAGGCCGAGAUCCCCGCCGGCGCGGACGUCUUGGACAUCUGCAGCUCCUGGGUCUCGCACUACCCCAUCAACACCAAGUACGGCAAGGUC